AUGCAUAAAAUUAUUAAAAAAAACUAAAGUCUUAAAAUAAUUUUUAUUAAAUAAAAUAAAAGUUUGCAGAAUAUUAAUGAGCUUUUAUGUAGACUUAAUUUAAAGUUUAUAAAAAAUAUAAUAAUAAUUUUUAGCAAUUCAAAGUUUCAUAAUGAUGCAGAUCUCAGUUAAAGAAGUGAAAAUUUAAUAUGCAAAAGCAAAUAUUGUGAGGAUUAUUACGAAUUUCAUAAAAUAAUACAUAGUAAAUAAUUAAAAAAAAAUGUGAAAGUAGAUAUGUAUAACAUAUAUUACAUUAAGUGUGUUUAUCAUCUCCAAGAUUUGGUUAUUAGCUAUGAAUAAAUAGACUUUUCAAUUCUUUACUAUCUAAAUGCACAUUCAGAAUAUUUUGAUAUACCUUCUAUGCUUAUUCAAAGAAUUAUGAAAGGAUACAUUUUCAACGAAACUAAUUAAUACUUGAUUUCUAUUCUAUAUGGUUCUAAAAAUGCAUUAAUUAAAAGAGUUCAGUCAUAAAUUUUAUCUCUCUAUGCUUUAGAGAAGCUUUAUAAUAAGUAUUCUUUAAAUUAUAUUCCUUAAAUAGCAUAUGAUUUGGUUGAAAUAUGA